AUGACAAACUCGGAAGGCGACAAGCAGUCUUGCCUUCUUUUGGCCAAGUCACAUCUAACCCCUCUGAAAAAGAUGACCAUACCCAGGCUGGAAUUGAUGGGUGCGACACUCUCCGUCAAACUUGAUGCUGUGGUUCGUAGAGAGUUAGAUGUGCCAUUAGAGGAUUCGGUAUUUUGGACGGACAGCACCAUAGUACUGCAGUAUGUGAAGAAUGAGGAGCGACGGUUUCUUACAUUCGUGGCAAAUAGAGUUGCAGUUAUCCACAGCGGGUCAUCACCAAGUCAACGGUAUCAUGUUGAAUCUAGGCUUAAUCCUGCCGAUGAUGUUACAAGAGGACAAACAGCUAAGGAGCUGCUUGCUGAGCGAUGGCUCAAUGGACCCGACUUCCUUUGCCUGGAAGAUAGUGAAUAG